GGGGGUGGGGCGCGGGGCGGGCGUGUGGGUGUUGGUGCGGCGGUGGGGGUGCGGGUAGGGGUAGUCGUCGUCUGAGGAGGAGGAGGAUGAGGAGCGCGAGAGGAUUAGGCGCGGGCGUUUGAAGGAUGGGCGGCGCGGGGGCGGGGGUGGAGAAGGUGUGCGGAUGCGGAUGCGGUCGCGGCCGCGUGAGCGGGAGCGGGUCCGGGUGUGGGUGUGAUGGUAUGUGAAGGCGUCCAUUGUGGUUGGUUGUGUGCUUUGUGUAUGCUAGUAGGGUUGCUCGAUGGUGACUUAUAUAGUGGAGAGAGAGAGAAUGGGAGAGGGAGGGUGGUGUUUAUACUUUACGCUAAAGCAGCCAGCAAACACGACUUUCUAUCCUCACCGACCCGUAUGCCUCCACUGUCUCACCUGCCUAGCCGUGCGUUCACGCACGCCGGCCGCCGCACCUGCACCGCCGCAGGACUGCGCCGCGUGGCUGGGGCUCUGCGCGCGGGCUGUGAUUGGCCAGUCUGGCGCGGUCGGUCGGGUGCACAUGAACACCCUGGCCGCACGCGCGAACACGCUGGGUGCCUGACCAAGUCCUCUUGCCUUGAUGUCGGUCACGAUGACGCGUGGGCUGCGAUGGUGUCGGUGCGGUGAGGACAGCGUGCGGGUGCCCGAGUUGCCACGGGUGGCAGUGAGUCUGGGAGGGGUGGGGGCCGAAUGAGUUUGAGGGCGCCAGGUAUGAGUCUGGGGCGUCUGGGAGGCCGUCUGGCCCAGAUCCACGUGUGUAGUUUGCCUGGUCGUCGUGAUGGUAAUCUCGCUCCUGCUGAUCAAGCAGCCGCGCAGAGCCGCAUGUUAGUCAGUGGCUCUUCAUUUGGAAGACAGCAAUGGAAGGUGCG